CCCGGAAGUCGGGUCCCAGGGCGCCGGAAGCCGGAAGUGUUCGCUUCUCGUGCUUCAGAGCGGAGGAGAAGGCGCACGUUCCUGAGCAGCUCUUUCAGAACUGUGAAUGUACCAGGGAGUGAAACCAGCACUGGAUCCACAGCCCCUGAACUCGGACGUUGGCUGUCCCUGGGAACAGCCUUCUAGAACGAGGACGCAUCCUGCAAACGAUUCCUUGCAUCACCCACCCACCCAGAGCAGAGACUGGUACCCAGGCCCAACGGAAGAGCAUGUCCCAAGCCACCAAGCGCAAGCAUGUGGUGAAAGAAGUCCUGGGGGAUUAUGUGGUUCCUUCCGAGAGGCAGCAGAUUGUCCGGGUGCUGGGAACUCCAGGCAACAACCUCCAUGAGGUGGAGACGCCUGAGGGGACACGGUUUCUCGUGAGCAUGCCCACGAAAUUCCGCAAGAACAUCUGGAUCAAGAGAGGUGACUUCCUGCUGGUAGAUCCCAUAGAAGAAGGGGAGAAAGUAAAAGCAGAGAUCAGUUUCGUCCUCUACAAGGACCACGUUCGCUAUCUGAAAAAGGAAGGAUAUUGGCCUGAAGCCUUUUUAGGUGAUGUGGCAGGAACUCCCAGCAAUACUAAGGAGAGCAGGGAUAGGGCGCAAAGCCCACCCCGUUCUGCAGGGGAGGAAGACUCUGAGGAUGACGACACAGACUUGUUUGUGAACACAAACCGGGUAAAUUAUGACUACAUGGAGAGCGAGGACAGCAGCGACUCAGAAGAGGAAGAUUAGAUCUUGUGAAGCAGACCAAGCCAGCCCUGGGGCUCAGAGGGAAGGGACUCUGCCACAGCCCCCAGCCUUUUCCUGUUAGUUCGAAUGAGCUGUUGUCUUGUUGGGGCUCUUACAAGGAGGCCGAGCUCUGAGCCGCUGUCGCAGGCGAAAGGAGCCUGCAGCAAAAAGGCUCAUGCUUUGAAGAAUGCUUUGCCCGUUUCUAGGCGGGACGCCGCUGUUGGACUCCAGCUCUGUUUCUCCCCACCCGUUUGCCUUAUGUAAUAAAAGUGUGCUCCAAACCCGGGAA